AUGUUGGUGGUGUCUCUAGUAGGGGCAUCGGACGACGCCGCACAUCAACCAGAAGACGCUCCGCCCGCUGAAGAUUUGAUUCCAGCCGGCGAGUCGCCUGACCGUAGCAGUUACCACAUGCGCUCCGGCGACCGAGCGUGCGCGGCGGAAGCUUCGCCCGGAGGCAUCGGUAGUGGCGGCGGGGGCAUCGAGACGGGCAACCCGGUUCACGCGGCCUCAGACAGCUUCGCUGGUUCCGUCUUCCCUUAUGCGGCCACGACCUCCAGCGACGAUCGGAUAGGGAACGCGGGCGGGGGCUGCCAAGAUGCUGGUAGGGGGGGGGGCUCUCAGAGUCAAGGGUGGCUGUCGGCGGACGUGCGGCGGCACUCCGGCGGUCGAAGCACCGGCCCCACCGGCCCCACCUCCACCGCCUCCACCGCCACUACCCCAAGAGUGGCCGCGGGCGCCAAUGGGUGCACUCGCGCCGACGAUGACGCAAGGCGAGAUCGCGGAGACACGCAGCCCCAGCAGCAGCGACCACGGGGCGGCGAGGUAACGGGAUGGAUGCCGCUGGGGGCCCCGGCCAUUCGUGCCGGCGGGGAGGGUACCGCCGGGCCGCGGUGGGCCUCGGGCGCCGCCGCUGCGGCGGUGGGGGGGCGUACGGUCGCUCAGCACGGCUCUCGGCGUCACCCUGGGACCCCUUCGUCCGAAGAAGAGGACGAGGAGUUCGACGGCGUUGGAGGCGGCGGGGGCUGCUGGCAGGGAGAACGGCACGGGGGGCGGCGGAGCUCGAAGGACAGCGGCGGCGGUGGCGGAGGUGUUGGUUCCGACGCCGAUGGUGAUGGUAGUGGGUUCCGUGGUCCGAGAGUACGGACGGGCGAUACUGAGCAUGGCCAGGAGCAGGGUGGGAAGGAGGAUGAGGAGGAGGAUCAGGAGGAUGAGGAUGAGGAUGAGGGGGAUGAGGAUUUCGAACAUGCAGGAGAUGUUGAGCAGUUGGAGGGGCUCAUCGAUGCACCGGACGACGACACGGACCAGUCGGCGUGGGAAGAAGGGGAGUCUUCCUCGUCGCAUGAGAGGGAGGAGGAACAGCAGCAGCAGGAGGAGGGGGAGGAAGNGGGGGGGGGGGGGGGGGAGGACGAUCAGGAUGGGGAGCAAGAGGAAUUGGAGAAAGAAGAGGAUGAGCAGGCAGAAGGAGGGCCGUGUGCUGGUUCUGCCAACAAGAAUCAGAACGAGGAGGCCGACGAGACAGCCGGGGCUCACGCGAAGCGAAAAGAUGACGCGGAACCUGCUGAUGACGCCAGCGAUGCAACGCAGGGAGACGCGGAGGCGGCGGAGGCGAAUAACACGGCCGGAGCGGAACAAACGGAGACUGCAGUGUCGAAGGAGGUGCUACCGGUAACGGGAAUGAAGGGUCAACGCAGCCCGGAUAGAGCACCCGCCACGGUUGCCAAAGGUGACGGGGGGGCACAGAAAGAUGCCGAGCAAGAACGUGUAAUAUUUUCUGAGGGGCCUGGGGCAGAGGCGGGGGGCGGCGACGGAGAGAGUGGCGGUGGCGGAACGAGAGGGGAAGAGGACGAGGAGCGGUCAUCAUCUACAGAAGGCGCUGUUGUUUGCGCCGGCGCUGCUGCUGCUGCUGCUGUCUCUGCUGAGCCCACGGUCUCGGACAAGGACCAGCCUCCGCACAAGGCAACGGAAGGGGCUGCUGGCGGCGACACCUUGGACGGCGCUCCUGCUGCUGCGGCCGUCGAUAGGCAAGACACCGACCGCCCUCCGAGGAGGAGGGUAUCGCCGCGCGCGGGUAGCGUGCCCCCCACUACGACGGAGCCGUCAUCCACCGGCACACGAAAUACAAGGCGGACGGUGCGCAGCGGCACCACUCUGAAGAACGGUUCGGAGAACGGUGCACAAGCGUCAGGGAGCUUUAGCGACCUUGGCGGGGAGUGGGGUGCUAGUAGCGUCGACGACGGCGGGGACCCCGGUGCUGCUGCUGUGUUGACGGCGAAGCAGACGGCCAGGGCGGGAAGCGAAAAGGCGGAGGACGCCGCUGACGCUCCGAAGAAUGGCGUGGUGGCGACGGCGACGACGGGCCACGAGAAGACUGCGGCGCUUUCGCCGACCAGCUCACCGAAGGCCUCCUCGACAGCUUCGCCGACCGCUUCAUCCUCGUCCCCGACGAAUACGCCAGAACGAGACGCCAACAAGGCCAGGCUCGGAGAUAAGACCGAAGCUCAAGGGCAAGGGGCACCGCCGGAGGAGGGCGCGCGGAUGGAAGCGCCGCUGGCAACCCUGCCGGCGGGACCCCCCACGAGGGCACGGCUUAGGAGGGCCGCGGCGGGCGUCCAACCGCAACCAAACGAGGGCUCUGGUUUGGGGAAGGCGGCUCCGAUGGUCGUGUUGCUGGAGGGGGGGAAGACCUGGGACCCUUAUGCGGGCGAGGAGACACACAGGGUGGCCGUGUGGGAGCCCAAGAGCGGGAACAUGAUCGGGGGGGUGUCGGCGCCGAUGCGCCGGGAGCUCCGGGCUUUCCUGGCGAAGGGGAAGUAUGAGAUUUACAACGGCCAAGACGGUAAGAAUACCGGCCCGGUCACCUUCUCCAAGGCCGGCACCCCGAGCAAUGACCCCCGGGGUCGGGGGCGCGGUCGCCCCCCCAACUCCGCCGCGCCAGUCGCCGUUCUUCUCACGUCUACCUGCCGCGACGCCACCACAGGAGGGACCACCGGCAGUCCUAGCGCACGCCUCCCUAAUUCGAGGGCCCGGCAGAACCACCACCUGCAGCAGCGCGCCCCGCCGACGCCGUCGUCGUCUAAGACCGCGGCCGCUUGCGGAGGCGAGGUAGGCCGCGCUCCGGAGGGCGCUGGGGCUGCUGCCGUGCCGCCCGCAGCAGAGAAGAGGGGGAGAGGAGGAAAACGAAGCAGUCCCCGGUUGUUGUCUGACGAAUCGGGGACAGAAGGGGCCCCGAAGGGCGACGGCGAUGGCGGGGGGGGGAGCAAUGGUAGCGGUCACGGCAGCGGCCGCAGGCACCGGAGCGUUGCAGCGGCGGGGGCAGCGAAACCGGUGGAGAUGCCCGGCGAGGAAGAGGAGCGUGAGGCGGGAAAAGCCAUCUCCGGGGUUGCCAAUCGAACAGGGAGGAGGGGGAAUGUAGGAACACGUGGCGGCGGCGGCGGCGGCGGCGGCGGCGGCGGCGGCUGCGAAGGCGGUGGCGUGUCAACGCGAGAACGCCUCCGGCGCGGGGGCGACUGGGGAGACGGGGGCGGGAACAGGGGGAAGAAGGCCAACGCUGCUACCAAGGCGGGGAAGGGGAGCAGUAAAGGUAGCGGUGGCGGUGCGUCAUCACCUGCUACCCUGCGAAGGAAUGGAAAGGAAGGAACCACCGGUGGGGGCAGGGACGGUGGCGGUGGCGAUAGCUGCAGGGGUGCUCCUUCGUCGUCUCUGCGAAGCAGCAGCAGGAAAGGCGCUAGCCGAAGCGAUGCUGCUGCUGCUGCUGCUGCUGCUGCUGCUGCUGCUGCUUCUACGCAGGAGGGGCAGGAGACCGGGCGGCGUAGGCUGAAAAAGUCCGCUGUCUCUGGUGCCUCAGAAUCAACGAAAGAGUCAUCACGGCCAGCGCCUGCCUCCUCCACACCCAGGAAAGGUGGUGCAUUGGCGGUGAAAAAGCGCCCUAUCGGUCGGGGUGACAGGAGCGGCGGCGGAGCAGCCCAAGAGGGUUCGGCGGCGGCGGGUGCAGGGGCGGGGGCACAGCAGAAGACCAAGUCCAAGAAGAGACCCAGGAAGAGGAUCGGGCUUCAGGGGGAGCCGUGGGCGGCGAUGUGGGCCCAGGGGUUCAGCGACGAGGAUGAGGCCAUCGCGGACGACUUGUCGUGUCGAGAUUUUCCUUAUUCGCACCGAGGACAGGCUAUCGCGGCCGAUGAGAGAGCAUACGAGCGCACCGUGCGGGACCGUCAGAGCUUCGCCCAGCAGGAGAGAAGCGAGCAGGAGGCGUUUCUCCGUGAGCGUGAGAGGCAAAAGGCGCUGCACCAGAUGUUUGGGAAGAAGUAUCGUACACCGGUAGAGAAGUGCCGAGAUCGAGAGAUGGAGCGGCUUCUGGAUGCUACGAUCGAGAUUACACGUGAGCCUAUCGCCACACCCGCCGGCGGCCGCACCAGCGGCAGAAAUAACGUACCCAAGCCAGCCGGCAGAGCGAUGCCAUCCCGAGCUAGAGACGGGAACGGGCGAGGGAACACUAGUGAGCCACUUCCGGCGGGGAAUGGAGCCGGCGGUGUGGUAGAGGAAGGGGUUCGGCUGACCAGGGGGCACACCAGACGCGCGAGGGGUAACGGUGCCGGGGCCGCGAGAGGGGGUGGUUCUUCUUCUGGUGGAGACGGUGUGUCGUCAGAGUCUGCGACGGACGGGGCUAUUGCCCCGGCGCGUAGGAGCAGCGGACGUUUGUCGACUACCGCUGCCGCCGGCAGCUCGGAGGAAGGCGGCGGCGGCGGGAGGAAAGCGGCGGUAUUGGUACCCCCCCCACUUCUGGGGGAUGAAGCUGCUGCCGCUGCUGGAGACGACCAAACCGAUGGAGCUUCGCUGUCGGUGCUCCAAGACGGUUAUCACAGCAUGCUAACCUGUCCCGCCUGCAACGCCGGGGCGGAGCUUAGGCCGGUGACCCUCACCGGUGGCCGAGGACGCGGGAGCAUGUUCGCACCCUUCUCCACACCCAGCCAACCAUUCGCCGUUAAAGCCGCGCAAUCGCUGUCGUCUUCCAACCGCCUCGGAGGUGGUGCGCCCACGGACUCGUCAGCCGGCGAGGAGGUAGGAAUCGGCGAUGCCGCCAUCACCGCCGCUGCCGAUGGGUCCGAGGGGAGGGCUGCGGCUCCGGAAUCGGCGGCUGCUGUCGCUGCUGAUUCCACGGGGAGAGGCGUGUUGACAGCUGUCGGUGGUGUCGGUGGUGACGGCUCUGUCGCCCUGGCCAAUGGUGCCACGGAGGAGAAGGCUUGUGACGAUGGAAAUGCCGUCGAUGGCAUGCCGCCGCCGCCGCCGCCGCCGCCCGCUGCCGUUGAGAACGGCACGGUGUCUGCGCCGGAAGCAGCGGCAGCGACAACGCCAGAUGAAGGUCCUGGCGGUCGAGGUGAGGAUGGUGCAGCUGUUGCUAUGCCUAGUGCCGAGGAUGAAAAAGACGGAAGCGGCGGCGGUGCUCAAUUCCGCCGAGAUGGCCAUCACGAUGCCGCGGAGGUGGCGGCGGCCGCAGCACCAUCUGCUGCUGAUACGGUUGCUGCUGCGGCUGCCGAUGUCGCCGAGAGGGGCGCUUGUAUCGCCGCGGGCGCUCCGCGCGAUGGAGCUCCCUCCGAAGCCUCGGCGAAUGCGUCGUCGUCACCUUCGGCUGAUGGUGCUGGUGCUGCCGCUGGUGUUGGCGGGGGAGCUAAGCCGGCCGCGGCUGCUGUAACCGGCGGAGUAACCUGCGGAGACACGGAGAACAAUGCUUCUAGCGGCGGCUGCAGCUCAGACGGGGGGCAGGAGGAGGGGAAGGAUCAGGUGCAGGAGCAGGCGCCGCCGAUGCCCAAGUCCACGAAGAGAAGCAUUUCCGCUGUUACCAGCGGCGGCAGCAGCGGCAGCGGCAGUGGCGGCGGCAGCGGCAGUGGCAGCGGUGCACCCGCCGAGCGAGGGGGGGAAAAUGCCGGCUUCUGGUGCCCACCUUUUAAGCUUGUCCAAGGGCUUCCGCCUUACAACCGCAGCUACAACCUAAUCUUCCAGCGCGCCUACCGCAGCGGACUCAUCUUCGACACGCCGGGGGCCAUCCCCAAGCCCACCGUCGUGCCCCAUACCCUGGCCCCUGCUGGCGGGGGUGGCUGGAACACCGGCAUCGACAUCCCGAGGGUUGCCAAGAAGGCCCGGCGCGAUAAGCCGCAGCAGCAGCCGCCGCAGAAACGCGACCCGACAGAUGGCGGCGGGGGCGACAAGAAGUCGUCGAAGAAGAAAAAGACGAAAGGUUCGAAGAAGUCGGCACCCGGCACGGGUGACGACGUCAAGCAGGAGGGGGUUGAAGGAGGUGCUGCUGCGGUCGAAAGCCCGCCGGCACCGACGGCCGGCGCGGGUUCGGCGAGAAAAGCUGCGGCGGGGACAGGCGAUGCCGGGGUUUCCCCCGGGGAGAGGCGCACGAGUCGCAGAACGGUCCCCGGUGAUGUCCGCCGAAAGCAUAACAGCGUCAGCGGCGAGAAGACAAGCCGAGCGGGGACGGAGCGGGAAACGCGGAAGCGCGGGGUGUCUCCUUGUUCGCCGUCGUCCUCUUCUUCCGUUGUGGCGUGGUUAGAGGGUGAGGCCCGGAAGCUGGAGAGGCCCCCGGCUGGGGUGCAGCCCGACGGGAUAUCGCGGACGAUGAUUGAAGACCUGCCUGUGGAUCCUGAGUCUUCCGUGGUGGAGCCUCCGCUGCCGCCCUCUCCCUCCUCCGGUGCUGUAACCGCCGCCGGUGCUCCUGCUACCGCUACUCCUGGUGACGGUGGUGCUGGUGGCCACGACAGCGACGGUGCUCCCUCCCGUCGGCAGCAGAAGGAAGACAAGCCUCCAGUGCAUUCAUCGCCAACGGCGGCAUCAGAGCCGCGCGGGGGGGAAGGCGAGGGAAGUCGGGAGAUGGAAGAGGCGGCGAAGGGGGACGACAAGACUGGGGGGCAAAGGGAAAUGCGCAAGCGGGGAAGCGCUACAGCAGUAGCAGGGGGGCGACGCGGGAGCAGAGGAGGGGGGGCGGUGUCACCGGUGCUGAAGCGUGUGGUCAGCAAGAAAGACUCGGCGGGGCAAGGCCAAGAAGACACCAGGCGUUCCAGCGAUCGGGGGAGAUUGGCGGGACAAGGGGCCGUAUCAUCCAGCCAAGCCGAGGCCGGCGCAGACACCGGCGCAGACGACAAGCACGCGCAUGGUUGCGUCGGUCCGGGUCCCCCGGAGAAUUCCGCCGCCCCGAUGAGGUCAGGGUGUCGGGAGAAGCGCGGGGCUGGUGAUGGCGUCGGGGCACCAAAGGUUGCGGCGGCAUCAGCGGCGGCGACGGCAGCAGCCGUGCUGAAGCCGGACCAGGAGCGAGAGGAAGAGGGACGCCAACAACAGCAGCCGCUCUGCACUCCUUCCCGAAGAGGUAGCCUCUCCCCGCCGCUACCAACCGGUGAUGCUGUCGACUCUACCGCCACCGCCGCCUCGCGGACCAAAGGAAAGUCCCCAGCCCGGCUCAAGCAGAUGGCGAAGAAGAAGUCUGCUUUGCCAACGAAAGGGGGCGGCGACGCAGCCUCGGAGAAAGGGAAGGGCCGGGGGGAGACGCCGCGUCGAUCCUCGAUACCCCUAUCGCCGACACAGGCAGUGUUCCAGAUGCCCUCAGACGACGAGGAGGAGGAGGAAGAGGCGGCGGCUUGCGCUGCCGCGAUCAAGCAGAGGCGCGAGCUAUCCUGCGCGAAGCGGACGGCGGCAGUGGUCUCUAGGCCUCCGGCAACGGGGCCUGCGGCGCCGGCGCCGUCUUCGCGCCCCCAGCCCGUGUUACCGUCUCCCAUCAAAAAGACGAAGAAGGAGAAGAGCGACGAUGGCGACGGCGACAGCGAUAUCAGUCUUGCUGUUAAGGCGGCGCCCUUCGGCGGCAGCAAGGCUCGUCCUACCAAUGGCAACGACCAUGCUGCGGCGAGGGCUGCUCCGCGCGCCGGCGGCGAGUCGGAAGCCCGGGUGGGUGCCGCGGGCGGCGCGAAGGCGAAGCGGGGUCGAGACGGGAACGAUGGCGUCCAUGUUGGCCGUGAUGCUCCCGCCGGUGCCGCUUCUGCAGCGGUUUUCGUGCCGCAACCCAGCGGUCGGAAGCAAAGAGCCACGACGGCGCCGCCUGUGUUCUACGGUGAUGAUGACAGCGGCGACGGCGACGGCGAUGAUUUGCGGCGGCACCCGAUCGCCGUCAGCGCCCCUGGUUCCAAGGCCAAACCGAACAGAAAAAGAAAGAAUCCCGCCGCUCCUGCCCCUGCCGCCGCUCCGCAACCACCGCCCAAGGUCGGGGCAGCCGAACACUCGCAGGAGGGCGCGGUAGCCUCGGAGACUCCAAAGGCACCGGCCGUCAAGACAAAGACGGCCACCGCUGCAGUUGUCCCUAAAACCUCCCGGUCGGGCGUGGUAGUUGCGGCGGCUGCGGCUGCGGCGGCAGCAGCAGCGGCGGCGGAAGCAGCAGCGGCGGCGGAAGCAGCAGCGGCAGCCGCCGGAGCGGAGCGGGACUCCGGUCCCGAGGGCCCGCAAGCCAAGAAGGCGAAGAGGUCAGCCGAAGCGGCGGAGACUCGUGAGAAGAAGCUCGAGCGCGAAGAGGAAGCAGCGGCGGGAGGAGGCGGUGUUGACGAGUCGCCGGCAACCCCCAGAGGCUACGAAGGCUGCCGGAGCGACGGCCAAGCCGCGAAGGUUUCGAGCGCGGCCGUCGCCGCCGCCGCCGGUGGUGGUGGCGGUGCUAGCGGCGACGCUCUUCCCCGGUUGGGGGGGGACAGGAAGCCCGGGCGGAAGCGGGGGCGCAGCAGCGAGGACGGCGAAAAGGACGAGAAACCGGACCAGGAUGGGGUCUGCGCGGGCAGCGAUCGAACUCGAGAAGCAAAGGGCACUGCAGUUGUCGGCGCGAACGGUGACGCUGGUGCUUCUGCUCGUGUGAUCCUCCCGGAGAAGCGUGGGGCAGAGACGGCGGGUAGCGGGCGCGGACCAAGCGGGACCGAUACUCGUGAGAACGGCGGCGGUGGCGGUAGUGGACAUGCCCGGGGGGCGGCUGCCGCGGCGGCGGCGCUUGGGUGUGUGAGAAGAGGGUCCCGCGUGAAAAAGGCGAUCGCGUACCUCGGAGAUGAUGACCCCAAGAUGCUGUCGGCACUACUGGCCAGGCCAGGAACGGUUUCAGACGACCACCACGACGGGGACGACAUCGGCUCUGAGUCGUCCGAGAAAGCCGCUACAAGCGGCAGCGGGGACGAAGCCCGCCUCCCAGGCAGCCCUUGGGCUACUACCGGAAGCGAUGGAGGUCGCGACAACAGCGGCGGUGGCGUCGCCGCGGUUCGUGGAGAUGAUGAGGCUUCGUUGCGGCAGCAGCUUCAGCUGCGCGAGAGGGAGCGCCACCAGCAGCAGCAGCGGCUGCAGCAACAGCGGCAACAAGACUUGUCGAGACAGCAGCCACAGCAGAAGCAGUCGCAGCCCCUUCCACAACGACAACAGCAGCAGGAGCUGGGCGCCCGCUCCGUUGUGCCGUGCUCGUCGUUAUCCCCCGUCCGCACCUCGUUCCCGUCGCCCCAUCACGCCGCCGCCUCCUCGUCGAUCCCGCCUUGUACCCCUAUUGCCGCUGGUUCACGCGGCGUCCAGGGCGACGUUUUGGGUCGCGCGAGCCGAGCUUUCGCGAACCGUGUCUGUGUUGGAACGCCGCCGUCGCACGGUGCUGGGCCCACCCCCGUGCGGCGAAGAAAGAACGCCUCCGCGCGAGCGGCGCCAAGGGCGGGAGCAAGUGCAGGGUCCCUUUCGGCAUCUGUGGCAGCGAGAGGGAAGGAUCCUCCAAAGGGGCACCCUGGGUUUGAAGCAACUUCGUUGACCGGCGGCGGCGAUGUCAGUUGCUUCGGCGGCGUCAGCGGUGUGGGGUUGGGGUCGUUGCGCGGUGGAGAUGGUAUCGAUUACCGUUCGGCAGCGGCAGAAGCGGCAUCUGUGGUUUCGUCUCUCCGCGAGCAGCGGCGCCACGAUUUGUUUUGGCCACCGUCUUCGUCGUCGCUGCUCGAGCGUGCCGGAGCCGACUUGGGGAGCAGCGGCAGGGGAAGCGCGCCCGUGGGUGGUGGCGGCGGCGGCGGUGGCUGGAGCCUGAACCCCUGCUCCCACGACGGGUUCGGAGGCGGCGGAGAGGGCGGCAUCGGAAAGUUCGGCAAGGAGAUGACCGUGGUGCAGAGUAGGACGGCAGAAGAAGAAGGCGACGCUGCUGCUAACGGUUUCGUCGCCGCGGGCAGCAGCAACCCGCGGGCAGAAGCGCCGGCCGACCGACAGCAGCAAAGCCUUCGACAGCGGGAGCAAGCGCGAGGGGACGAUGAUUGCUCGGGGCAACAGCGGCAGCUAGAACGGCAGCCGGUGCAGGCUAUCCCGCCGGAGAGCGGGCAGCGAGCGGGCGACACCGCGCCAGGAACGAUCAAUAGCCAUGAGACGUCGUCAACUACGGCGGCGGCGGCGGCGGCGGCGGCGGCGGCGGCGGCCGCGGCGGCAGUGCUCCCGUCUUGUCGUGAGCUGUUGAGCGACCACCACAGCGGCGACGCCAGGGGCGUGCCAGUGCCGGUCGCAGCUGCCCCUGCAGGUGCCUCGGCGGCGGCGGCGGCGGGUGCGAUGCCGUCACCAAAAGCAAAGCCGCUUGCAUCGGCUGGUUCGAUAUUCAGCACGCCAUACCGUCCUAGCGCGCCCUGGGCCGGCGGUGGCAAUAUAUACGCAGAUGGCGCGUCGGCCGGCGGCGGCGACGAAGAGGGCGCAAAGGCCGGGGGCGGCGGCCGGGUGGGGAGCGAAAGGCAUCGAAACCAGCCGCGCCACGACUUGUUCGGCGAUAUGGAGCGGCGUGGGCGGCAGCCAAUCAGCGCGGCCGAUUUCUACGGUCACGAUCUCGGCCUGCUCCCUUCUUUAUAUCCCUACGUCGCCUCGGCAGCCGCUUCCCCCGCCCCGGCCGCGAUGAGCCCCUUCCCCACGUGCGGCACCAUGGACAGCCGAGACGAGGAUGCCGGGUAUGCCGCUUCCAUCUUGUCAGCGUCUCCUUGGCACCACCCCCCUGCCGCUGUGGCGUACAACCAGGGGGGUGCCAGCACCGACCUCGCGUGGCCGCCGAAAGAUUCCCCUCCCGGGGGCUCCCCAAGUACCAUGCCGGCGGGAGCGUUGGUGUUCGCCUCUUCUCUUACGCCGACGCAGGCACCAAGUCGCGCGUAGUAGCGGGGGGGCAUGUCUACAUAAUAUCCCCGUUUUUUGUUUUCCAACCCAUGGAUUGGACUGGACGGUGGUGAUGGAAUCGCAGGUGUGGCCGCGGGCUACGGCAGUAGAAGGAGGACGGCCUUUGGCGGUCCCCCGCGUCCAUUUGCUCACGGGCCCGGCGACCUGGCCCGGAGUGAGUGGUGUCUUGGAGCACGAAAGUGUGUGGUGGGGGGCGGGGGUGGCCUUCCUUAGCUUUGCGCCUUCUACCUGAGUUAAUUAGCAUGGUCGUCGUGGUACUGAAGUGUAUAAGAUUAUGUGAAUAGGAGGACAAUGCGUCUUGAAGGCCGUACUGCUGUAGCAUGAUAUGUACGGCGUAAGCUAGUGGGUGUGGCCGAAACAACUUUUAGUGUGUGUAGGAAGAUAGAUGUGCACUCAUUCGGCCAACUUUAUCAUCAGAACUUCCUUCGGGAGGAAUCGGUGGAGCCCUCUGGCGUUGUGUUGGGUGUUGUAUGCAAACGCACCACACGGGGUAAUUAUAAGCUGGUCGUAUGUUGGAAUGCGCUUUCUCUUUGUUGUGAGCCGCCGGGGGUAAGCCCCUGCGCAUGAGAUCGCUUCAAUCAAGCAGUGACGUACUUCGCAUGUGCAAGCUUGCGGCUGACAGAACAAUGGACGGCAAGCUGUGGUGUUGCUCGUGUUCACAAAUUGCAGCAGCGGCACUGCUGUGAAUGACCGGCAUCUAUGUAGACUAGUUGAAUCGGUUUGCUGUC